UUCGAUCCUUGGAACUCGUCCGCCACUGGCCACCAGCGCGCAGACACGCAGCCCGGCACCGGAUGGAGACACUCGCGGACCAGGAAGCUCAACAGCCAGUUCGGCGCCGGCGACGGUUCCGGCGGCAAAAGGCUGAGCGAUACCUGGGGGGCGGGGGCAGAAGACGCCGGUGCUGGUGGUGAUGAUGCCGGCAGAGGCAGAGGCAGAGGCAGCGGAAGGGGGAGGGCCGGCAGGAUCGUCAUGGACAUGCUGACCCGGCCCGGUCUGAUGCGCCAGACGCUGGAAGCAAACCAGCCGAAGCAGGCAAACGCAAGAGACAGCCACGAUGGCGAGUUCAUUGUCGGAGACGCCAAUCUCACAGCCGAAGAGCGCUUGAUGCAGCAGAGACGGCUGGAGGACGAGGACAAGCAGAAGCAGGCACAGGGAAAUCCCCGCAAGCUGUUCGAUGGAGUCACCGUCUACGUCAACGGCAGCACAUUUCCCCUGGUGUCGGACCACCGGCUCAAGCAGCUCAUCAGCGAGAACGGCGGCAACAUGUCCCUGAAUCUGGGCCGGCGAAAGGUCACCCACGUCAUCCUGGGACGACCCAAUGGCUCGACGGAAGGGAAAGGUCUUGGCGGUGGCCUGGCUGCCACAAAGCUGGAAAAAGAAAUUCGCAAAAUUGGUGGCUGCGGCGUCAAGUUUGUCAGCGUGGAAUGGGUUCUACAGAGCAUCCAGGAGGGACGGAGGCUUCCCGAAGCGCGCUUCUCCAAUGUCAAGAUGGCCGCAAAGGCACAGAAUAGCGUCUAUGGGCUGUAUACCAAG